CCCUGAAAUUUCGUUUAUUUUUCUGUUAUUAUUCGUAAAAAUCAAACACAUUACCCCCUAACAUACACUUCUACAUCGAAAACUCUGUGAAAUAAUUACCAAAAAAUGUCCGCUGAAGUGGAGGAGUUGCUAAAGCGCUUUCAAUCCUUUAAGAACGUAAUCGGAAUAAUUGUGGUGGACAAUGACGGAAUACCCAUAAAGACUACCCUGGAAUACAACCUGACUUUGCACUACGCGGCCGUGAUGCAAACUGUGCGGGAAAAGGCUCGCCAGGUGGUCCUGGACCUGGAUGCCACCAACGAAUUCACCUUCCUGCGGCUGCGGACUCUCCAGCACGAGGUGAUGCUGUGCCCGCAGGAGGAUUACUUCAUCGUGGUCCUCCAGAGCCCCUGUGACUAGAACUGCAUUUUACAAAAAAAAAAAAAAAUAUAAAAAUAAAAUACGCACUCUGCGGAUAUGCUCAAUCCAGGGCCGAAACCCCAUUUCAUUUGCAGCCAUUAAAAGGCAAAGUGUUCGCAUACAGCUGCAAAUUAUUUGCAUUGGGAAUCGGAAUUGAAUUGGAAUGUCAUUUGCGUGCCGAGCAGUCUUAUUCAGUAUGCAUCCUUUGG